GUUCAUAGUGAAGAACUUUGACCUGACCUACAUAAGAAAAAGAUACUCGUGUACUAAUAGUGAUCACAAGUGCUUCACCUUUUGAAUGAAUACACAAACACCACUGACCCAUAUGCUGCCUGGUCGAGCUUGACGAUCUUCACGCUUAUGCUCCCUUUGCUGUUUUAAACAACGUGGUCUUCAAGUGUGACCUCUAGGAAUAAUUCGGUCGUUCAUAUUUGUGCAUUGUCGCAUGGAUUCUUUCGCAGUUUACUAGCUAUUUCCGCUUAAAAAUCCUUCAUGUGUGGUCAAGGAAAAAUGAUGUUUUGGACGUGUGGUCAAUUUAGAAAACAUUCCUGUGAGGAGACAUGUUACUAGAAGGAGUGCCGAAAUCAGUGACAGCAUAGUGACAUUAUUACUACAUAUUUCAGUGAUCAAUACAUUAGUGAUAUGUGAAGCAUAAUCAGUAUAUUCUAACUUUUACAUAAAGAUAUAUUUUAGUGCUAUGGUCAUUCUAGAGAUAUUACAAUGUUUUGACAAGUAUGCAAUAGAAGCAACCAAAUGAAUCAAGGAAAUGGCAGAAAAUGGAGGAGGAGGACGUAAAAGGGGGCGCUGUAAAUGGUUUAAUGUAGCAAAAGGGUGGGGCUUUAUAACACCUGACGAUGGUUCCCAAGAUGUGUUUGUUCACCAGAGUGUCAUCCAUAAGGCCGGAUUUAGAAGUUUGGAUGAUGGCGAAGAAGUAGAAUUCGAAGCUAAACCAUCUGGUCUUGGUGUGGAAGCUACUUUUGUCGCCGGACCAGGUGGUUCAGAGUGUAAAGGAAGUUCACGACGACCCCUUUCACGAAAGAAAUUUAAGAAAAUAAGGUGCUACAAUUGUGGAGAUUUUGGAAAUCACAUAGCUUCUAAAUGUCCUCAUGGACCUUUACCGAAAAGGUGUCACAGCUGCAAAUCAACAGAACAUCUCAUAGCGGAUUGUCCUUUGAGAGAUCCAUCGUUACCAAUACCACACAAUGGCGCAAGCGACGGAAGUGGGAACGGAAAUGGACUUAGUCCGUGAUUUCAUAUUUGAAUCUCUUCAUUCGUUAAUUACUGUUUUAUUGUUGCAAUGUAUAUUUUAUUGAAACGGGUUUUUUUUAUCUCAAAUUAUGCGAGUGCUAAAAAUCAAAAUAAAUUGAAAUAUAAUUUUUAAAGCAUUGACCUAUCUUAAUAAUUGUCGUGACUUGUUGAUAUUAUUAACUAAUGACAACCAACCUACCUCAUAAAUGUAUUUAGAUGUUAUAGUUAAUUGUAUUAUAGUAUAGUAGUUUGGUUGUUUCGUAUAUAUAGACUGUAGAUUUACGGGGAAUGAACAAAUAGCUUUACCACCAAAGAGUUGGUGUUUUAAUUUUCAAAUAUUAAGAUGUAGAAUUUGUUCUUGCCGUGUACAGGUUUAUCAUAGAUCUGUUCUUUUGAUCUGUUUUAAGUUUUUAUCAGUUUAGUUCUAUUGUUCAGUUUGCUUCGUACAAAUACACGAUGUCAUUUUUUGUAAUAUUUAAUGUAUUUCCUGUGUACCUAUUCCCACACACAUAUAGUGUACUAUUUGUUGGUUUAGAUUUGUUUGGUAUUGUAUUGAUUUGUGUCAAAAUAUGGAGUGCAUAUAAGCAGACAUUACAAAAUGUAUUUUUCUUGAAACAAGGAGAAAAACUUUACACGAUAUUGCAGAAAUUGAUUUGUUUCCUUCAUAGCAUUCAUAAAGAAAUGUUUUAAAUAGGACUUUCAUUAUCCUAUACUUUUUCAUAAGUUUUAUGGACAAAAUGGCAAUAGGAAAUAUUAGUUUUAUGGAUUUACAGUAUUGUUUUUAAGGUUCAUAUAUCUCCUGUAUUAUUCCAAUAUGUUUUUUUUAAUUACUUUAAUAAAAACUAAUCUAAGUUUCUAUUUUAUAAAGGGAUAUAUAUCCUUCAAUUACCGGUAGUUGAAAUAUACAAAUAAAACAAGUUUGAUCAAAUAUAAUUGCUUAUGAUUGAUGCAAUUGUAAUUUAGGUAUGAUAAAAAGACACAUAAUGCAUAUUGUUCUCUGAUAUUAUGAAAUACGUUCGAAUUUUUUAAGAUUGUUAUGAAGAAACGAUAUCAAUAUUUUAAUGGUGAGAAAAUAUGAAGGGAAUAACAUUUUAGUAGAAGAAAACAGUAUUUUACUAUAAAUGGCAGCUUGAAGGGGAAACGAAAUCUGAUAAGGAGAUGGAAUUAUCAUUUAUUACUACUUAAGGUGAAUACAUCUUUUAAAUUUUAUUUAUAUAUCAACAUGUUGUUGCUGAAAAAUAUACAAAAUAAUUCUGGUGCUGAGAUACUUGUCAUGGGGAAAAUGACAAGUGUAAAAACAAAAAAUAAAUCAAAUAUUUUACGUUUGUGAUAAGUGUGUAUUUUCAUGACAAAAAUGUCAAAUCAUUGAAAAUUAUUAUGGGGUUGUUAAGGCAACAUUUUAAUCAUGUGGAUUUUCUUUCUUAUUUUCAUUAAUUAAUAUUUUGUAGAGUUAACAAGUUCCAAUUUCUUAUUUUCUUUAAUACAGAAUCAAACAAACUUUGUCUGUAAUGGAAGCGUUAUGCUUUCUGAAAAAGUAUUUUUAACAAAAGCCAUAAUUUUAGGAACUCCUGGUUUUUUUUUUCUAGUGCCAGUCUAAAUUUCCCGCUCUUAGUCCAAGUCAGUCCAAUUUGAAUGACAAAUAAGCAUGCAAUAUGUGGCAUAAGACGUUAGUUAAUCAAACUACAAUCAAUAAUACAGUGAAAAGGAAAGAAUUUCAUUGAGAAGUAAACAAUUUUUAAAUGUAUAAAGCUAGGGGACUGUUUUUUCGAGAUAGUGGUCAUGUUUCACUAAUGUCAAAUAAGAAGAGUCGAGUCGUUCAAUAUGAGAAUACAACGAAAAACGAAAUAUUGUUUCCUUUUAUUUAUGAUGUUUUGUAACUCAGUAAUCAAAUUUCAUAAAUACUAGCAUAUAAACAUAAUCCGGUCUUAUUUCAACAUGAAAAACUUCAUGUAUCAAGCCAAAAAUGGACAAAACCGAAUUUCACUGGAUCUGAAUUUUGCCUUUUCACGUAGACAUUUAAUGUUUUUUUGUACAACUUUACUAAAUAUGGCGGGUAAAUAUAUUCAUUUUCAUUGUCAUUCUAAAUGCACUGUAAAGAAUGGGCGAGUUAAGUUAGUCAUCAUGGAGAUUUAUCAAACAAUUCAAAAUCAAAUAUUUUAUGUACUUAGGGUAUUGUGUUUUGUAUAGUUUUUUAUGUGCUUUAAUAUUUCAAACGUCACUGAAAAAAAAUAAACGAAUGCACAGGAAUAAUUGUUUCCACUGAGCAACUUGAAUCUAUAUGUAUGUCUUAUUGGACUUAUAAAAGUAAACUUUAUAAUUUUUUUAUAACAUUUAAAUCAAAACCGUGCAAUAUAGAGGUAAAAAAGUAAUGGAUAGAUGUUUGAUUAGAGUAUUAACGACUGCAUUCACUUUCCUGUUAUUUCAAACCAUGUGUGCUUUGUUAUAAUUAUGACGAUAAUAAAAACUAUAUUGGUUUAGAUAUGGAUUUUAUUUAAUUGAUUCAUGUUUUAGUUUAGGAAUCCACACAGCCGCAUCCACAUCUUCUAACAGAAAAACUUUCAACUGCAAGAGAGUGUAUAUUUGUGCAUAUCACAUUCUGUAUAUGCUGUUAUUUAAACAGUAAGAAUAAAUUCCAUUUCGAAAAUUGCAUGUAAAGUAAACCAACUACAUUGUGAAAUGUGUACCACAUUAAGUACUAAAUCAAAUAAAAACUGGUCUCACAUGCAUCCAUUCCAAAGUUUCUCUUUAAUAUGCAUAUAUAAUCAAAUAUUUUACAUUUAAAUUAUUCAGAACGUUAUUGAUAAGAGCUCAGGAAAAGUUAUCAAACAACUCUACCCAAUUUUAAUGUCACAUAAGAAUAAAGAAAUAAAACAUCAUUUUACUGGUUUUGUUGUAUAAAUUUGGUAUAAAAAUUGCACGGAACAAUCUCCAUUAUAAAGCUUUUCUGCAAAAAAGUACUCAAUAAAAAAAAAUGUUCAUUUUGUAUCCGAUGGCUGAUAAUUGAUUUAAUAAAUGAAGAGUCUUAAAUUUAUUUUACAAUAGUAUGGUAUUUACACUGGAUGAUUACUUCAUAAUGCCUUUAGAUGGCAAACGUUUGGCAUGAAUAUACUAUAUUAAAUUAGGUAACAUGAAAGUACAUGACUGAAUAAUUAAUGGUAUGAACCUUUGCAAUAUCAAUUUACAUAAUAGAAAAUAUUUGAAUGUAUUUUUAUCAUUUUUAAUCAGUUACAUUUUUUCUUUUCUCAGGGAAAUUGUAUGUACGUGUAUUUACAUUGUACGUGUUGUAUUAACAUUGUACGUGUAUUAACAUUGUACGUGUAUUUACAUUGUGCAUUUACAUUGUACGUGUACUUACAUUGUACAUUUACAUUGUAUGUGUAUUUACAUUGUACGUGUAAACAUUGUCUACAGUUUUCCACUUACUUGUUUUGUUUUGUUUACAUCGUUAUACAUACGUUUCAAUAUUGAAACAAUGUUCAUAUUUUGUUUGUUUUGCAUUUUUUGUAAAUUUUAAGGAUUUUGCGGCAUUAUUGCAGGUAAUUGUAAAUAAAUACGUAGUAUUUUGAUCAGAAGAGGAGGAAUUGUUUCUUGUCUUAUUUGUAGCAAUUUGUUUUUAACAUAUUGUUAUUUUCCUUGAUACAAAAUUUAACUUCAUCUAAGGGGCAGCAAUCCAUUUUAUAAUAACAAUGAACUUCUUCAUUUGAUGAAGUAAAUUGGAUUUGUUUUAUGUUUUUGUUUAUUUGAUCUCUUCGGGAAUUUAGGUUCGUAUUUUCGUUGAAAGUAUUAAGAUAACCAUAUCAAUCUAAAGGAUGAUUACAAGUUGGACUAUUUAUUGAGCACAAUUCCAAAGAGUGUAUAUUAAGAUCAAAACAUUUUACCAAAAUAUUUUAGAACAAUUCCAAAGCUUUGAUGUUUGUUGUAGAAAAAUAUUUUAAUAAACUUACAUAUGUACA